AUGUCAACACGAGGAGGAGGAAGAGGAAGAGGAACAGAGCGCUUCGACUUCAAUGGAGUAUUGGAGGAAGGUGUUACUGGAAUACUCUGCAGCAGAUUUUGCACCGAAGUUGUGUUGACGGACCAUAACGAGGAGGUUCUCAAGAUUCUGAUGAAAAAUAUCGGGUUCCAUACAUCUUCAGGAAAUGCUAUUUCUUGUGCAGGAUUAACAGCAGAGAAGCUGGAAUGGGGAAAUUCUGAUCAGCUCAACCAUAUUUUACAAGCAUAUCCAGGAGGAUUUGAUCUAGUUGUUGGAGCUGACAUUUAUAUCCAAAUCAGUUUUCUUUUCACCUUUAAAGCUUCAUAUGGUUAUAUGCAAAGUGUUAGAAUUGCACACAGAUUAGGAACAGCAGCACUGUCAGCAAAAGAACUGGAGGCUCUUCCAUUUUGCGCCAUUGCAUAUUCUCUGACUGAUGUAUUUGUUUCUCUGAUUUGCUCAGUUCCGACAGUUAGACAAAGCUUGCUUGCAGAAUUCACUGCUUUAUAUGGUCUUGUGGAGAGUUCUUGUUAAGUCUUUUAUUUAGAAAGGCAUGUGUGCCUUGCUUUUAUUUUGUUAUUUUGUGCGGCUACUGGUAUCUUUGCGUGUUUUGGUAUCUUCGGUCUAUGUUGAAUUUGCGUGUUUUGGUUGAUGAUAAAGGCUAAUGCGUUUUGGCUUGGGUAGUGUUGAUUUGUUUGCAUUUUUGGAAGGAGGGCAGCUUUAAUGUAGUCUUUGGACUGAUUAAUGGUUGCAGGCUG